UUCGCGCGUGGAGGUGCUGACAUGUAGCCGCGAAUGCCCGCCAGAUCGGUCCUCUCCGCUUCGUCGUUGUCCUCAUCACGGCACACGCACCGAUCCGAGGGCCCGCCAGUGAAAACGUGCCCGAACCAGCCGCCCGAUCGCCGUCCUCCUGGGCCGCCGCGCCGGUCCAGCUACCCGAACUAACGUUCAAACGCGAGUUAUGAAUGUAAUCGCGUAUCUUCUACUCCAGGUGAUCACAUAUCAGCUCGUGCUAUGUCAAGGAAGUGGUGGCCCAAGUACUUUCGGAUAUGACGCGUCGUCAGCUUGCAGCAAACCGUACUCGCGUUCCGGACGUUCAAGAUUCGUGAAUCUGCCCUGCGAUUUCCGCCGGCAAAACUGGUGCACAGUAGCUGGCAGUGCAUACCCUUGGCAUGCAGUUCGUCGUUUCGUGCAAGAGAACCAAGGAUUAAUGAGACGUAUGUACGGAGACGAAAGGCAUUUCAAUGUGUUAAGAGCGGAAUUCGAGAAGAAUGACAUAGAAUUGAAGUACGAUGAUUACUAUAAUCACUUCGCUGAUGAUCACAGGAAAUUCCAAUACAUGCACCACUACGACGACUACUUCGAGGACGACGAGAGCUCCAGAGUGAACGUCGACGACUACGAAGGCCGGGACUUCACGAGCAGAUCGUUCAACAGCAACGCCGGCAAGCGACUGAACAAAUUCCCGAAACUAAGCGAGUACACAAGACCACACUUCCGGCCGACCGAGAAGACAACGUCCUCGACAUCCACAAUGACCGUAUCGUCGGCCACCACCGUUUCCCCAACCGUCGAGCCGUUAUCCUCCACGAGCGCGACAUCAACGGCGACGUCCACCACUCGCGAGCCAACCACGAAACCCUACGUCGCGACGACCGCCAGCCCCGACAACGCGAAUGAGGACAAAAAGGAGAACACGACCCAGGAGGCUGCCUCGACGGAGGCAACGGUCGCGACCGUUCACACGGUGAAGGAGCAGAACUUCAGCAUAAACGAAAUCUCCGAGCAGGUGGACAAGACCGAGGAUGAACCGGAGGAGGUCGCGAACGUGAUGGAGGUGUCCGAGGCGAAUUUCGAGGAGACCUCGAUGUUCAACUUGCCGGGCACCACGGAACUGCCGGACGAUGCCGAUUCCAGCGGAGACCUGUUUGCCACGCUAAAAGAAACGACCGUCCAGGAGACUACCAGCUCGAACGAGCAACAGGAGUUCCGACCGCGACCAGAAUAUCGACCCGUGAAUAAGCCGGAAGCUUCUUUCAUGAAAGGCCAGCUUUAUCAGGACGUCGCGGCGAAGGAUCAACAGGAACAACCGGUUCUGAAGCUGAGGGGCAUAAACGCUUGUCCCGUGAAGGAGGAAGUCGUCGCGCCAUUUUGGGCGAACAACACGAGGGGCGAAGUACUGGCGCUCCUGAAUCUGUAUCCUUUCGAGCAGUACGUCCACUGGGAAAAAUGCACACACGAGAACAAACAGAUGUACUGCAGAGACGGAUGCAAGUGCGAGCAACAGUACAGGCUCCAUCGGUUGUUGGCUUACGAUCCGAACAACGAAUGCCGUGGCAUCUUCAGCGAUUGGUUCAAGUUUCCGAGUUGCUGCGUUUGCCGGUGCUACGACUUGCCCCUCGAAUUUCGCGUAACAUCCCGGUCGCCGCGCUCGCAGAAACAGCGUAUCAAAGUACGGCCGCCGCGCAACGGUUACGCGUGAGGAGAGAGAAAUGAAAAAAAGAAAAAAAAAAGGAAACGAGAAGCUCAGUGGCGAUGUACAUAAUUACGUUUUAAUUGCCGAGAAACGCUGAUCGAUCAUUGUCCAUUUGAUCGCGCAUUCCAUGGGAUGCAUCGUUUAUUUAUUGAACACGUAAUUUAUUUAUUAACACUUGUAUCAUCUCAUUCAUACGAAAUAGACUGCGGAUAUUCGUAACACACGCGGAGAUACUUGUACACGUGAACCGUGGAAUAUAUUUUGAGAAUAUCGCUGUACAAUUCACCGAUCGAUGAAAGUAUUUCAGAGAUUCUGUAAUCAAUGUAUUUGCUCGCGAUAAAUCAAUCGAACGUCUGGUGUAUUACGAUCGCAAUUGUUGUAAUAAUCUCGAGAGAUUCUGAUCUGUAAAUUCGAAUUUUCGGGAAUCCAGAGUUUCUUUGGAAAUUGAUAAUAUACGUAUUUUAUAUUACAAUGUCGUGUGUCCAAAUCUUUCUUCCUGAUUAGGUUUACUAAUAUAGAACCCUUUAAGCGAUAUUUUUAUCGGAAAAUAGUAAUUGUAUUUGGGUUAUUAACAAUAGAAUAUUAUGAACAUACACCGCGUCAGACAGUAAAGUAACACUGUUACUUACCAUUGAUUCGUUCUGUUCACAAUUAACGCAAGUUUCGUGCUCUUUCCGUGUAUACCUUUCAAAUGAGAAGAUCAAGUAUCGUUAUUUCCGUUUUAAUUCUUUGGUUUCUUUUCACCGUUUUUCAUACGUUUAUCGCGGAAUACUUAAUUAUAGUCAGGAUGAUUCGUCGGCUUCAAUUUCAGUAAUUAACACCGAGAUAAUUUCUAUCGUUGUUUAAGAUAUUUUUUAAACACAUUCGCAAGAGACAACCGUAAAGGCUCGUGAAUAAAAGAUCGUACGCCAUGUUCUUGUUACACUUAGUGUUAAACGCGUCAAACGAAUUGUGUAAUGCCUAAUUGUUUACGUUCACAGGAUGUGUCAAUCGGUUCGAUGAAGGAACCAUUUCUUGUUCUACAUACAACGUGCACGGCAAUCGCGUUGACACGAGCGUAGAAUUGUUAAUUAUAAGAGCACUCGUAUUUAUAAUGAUCGACAUUCACGUGUUUUAUACCAAAAAGGCUCGUAGCAAA